AUGAAGAGGUCGACCAAAGGAGUGGAGUCGAUCGCUUGCCUCCUCGCCCAGCCCGGGAGCCGCUCCGACUCGGCGACGAUCGCGGAUGCCACGAAUACGACGAAGAUGCUCCGCACGCACGCGACGCCAUCGGACGCGUGGGCGACGAAGGACGCCCUUUUCUCCUCUCCCAUGACGAACGACGAGUGGAUGGCCGAGUCGCCGCCACGCAGGGCCCGCGCCGGCAGCGUGCCCCUGGAAAUCUUCGAGCUCGACUCCGAGACCGCCACCGCGACCGCGCAGGGCCGCUCCGCUCCAUGUCCGUGCAAGCGCGCGCCCUCCACGGCCAACGACGACGACGGCGACGUGCAGUUCGAGCUGUCCGCUUCGUCGCGAGGCGCCUCGCAGCUCGACCUCCUCUGUGCGGAGGACGCGCUGCCCUGCACGCGCGAAGUCACGCUCCAGGACGCAAACGACUUCGCUCGCUGUUCCAUCCGGCUGUUCCGCCGGGACAUCAACGACGACGAGGAGUUCGCGAGGCUCGGGCGCAGGCUCGGGUUCGACCCGCUCUCCAUCGUCGUCGGGGCUCAGUACUUCAGCCGCAUCGUCGACGGGAUCAACGCGGCAAGCGCGCUGUUGCCGUCGGCGGCCCACUACGCGCCGCAGCUGACUCAGGCUCAGCGCGAGCUGUCUGCGUCGUCGACGCUCUGCAGCGUCAUCGCGCAGAGCACGCGCCCGGUGGCCAUGACGGCCGUGGCUUGCGUCUGCGUCAACCUCGCGGGCAAGUUCAUCGGCGAGCGCGCCUACCAGCCCUACUCGGUUGUCGAGCACGCCCUGGGCUGCUACGUCGACCCGGCGUGGGCGUCGAACCUCGAGCUCGUGGUCCUCGAGGCGCUCGGGUGGAGGCUCGCGUGA